AUGGCGUAUCUCCAAUCUCCUCAUAGACCACGGAUGCACUUUGCAGGCUACACGAUACCAUCUCCUAUGGACCGCUUGUGGCAUACGUUCAAGGACGCGCUCGACGGACGAGCAGACCUCAACGACAUGAAGGGCUGGACCACGACGCUGGACUUUGGCAACGUGCCCCCGAGCGCGGGCUGGAGCGACGACACGCUCAAGGGCCCGGAGAUGAAGAGCGAGCUGUUCGUCGACGGCUUGAACGGUUGA